AUGGAUGGCAGCAGCAUCACAGCAGCAGGUGUGCUCCUGCUGAAUGUAGAAGUCAAGACUGAGUUAGGGUCUGGAUUAUCUGGCUGUGCUUACAUACAAAGCACAGCAUAUUAUGCGGAAUUUAUCAAAAGCUAUUAUCAAAAAGAAUUGUCAGCACUGACCCAGACCCGGUGUCUGGCGUUUUUACUGUACUUGGUCGGGCCCCACCUCGGGAUUGCAGGCACUGUCUACAUUGACAAGAUUGUAGUACUACCCUUGUAUUUUCUCCCUCAUGAGCAGAAGAAUAUGGAAGCAGUUGCUUGUGCUGUUCAUGCACUAAAAAAUGGCAUCGCGGAGUUGAAAUCCUACUACCAUGACUAUCAGAAAUUAGAUAAAACCCGCAGACGAUAUCACCAACUUCAAUUUCCGUAUAUCGACUCUGUAACAGUAGACAAUGAAAUGAGUGACAUGGGCAUUGCGCCUAAACUGCUGGCUGUGAAUGUAAUUGCUGGCAACUGGAAAAUGAUAGUAAUGAGUUUGUUAGGCUCAGAGUUUCGACCACUGAAUGAGGUACAUGGAGGCAAGCGUGAAAAGACACGCAAGUACGUUUUUACUGCAGUAAAUAAGCUUCAUGAGGCCGGUUAUGUCCAUGGUGACCUUCGUGGUCCCAAUAUUAUGGUUGCAUUUGGACAGGAGAGCGAUAAAGUCCAAGUGAAGCUUGUCGACUUCAAUUGGGCGGGCAUACAAGGUGACGCGCAUUAUCCGUCGUUUAUGAAUAUGGAUCUUAAGUGGCCUCCUAAUGUUAAAGUUGGCAUGUGCAUUGAAAAGGAACAUGAUUUAUUUAUGGUUAAUCAGUUAUAUAAUGACGUUCCAAGAGCUGACAACAGGAAAAGACGAUGA